AUGGCGAAGGACGAAUCGUCGUCAUCUUCGGCGUCGCAGUCGUCGGUGUUCUGCAAGAUCUGCAUGGAGACUGCACGGGCGGCGGAGAUCUUCCGAAACAACAACUGCGACCACGCCUUCUGCCACAGCUGCCUUUCCAGGUACAUCGAUGUGAAGGUUCAGGAGAAGUGCGUGUUGACGGCGGCCGUGAAGUGCCCGGAGAUCGGAUGCGAAGGCGCGCUAGAGCCCGAGUUAUUUAAACAUAAGCUCCCGCAGGCGGUGCUCGUGAGGUGGGCCGACGCGCUGUGCAAGUUGACGCUUCCUACGUCCCGAAGAUUGUACUGUCCCUUCAAGGAUUGUUCGGAGUUAAUACUGAACGAUAGUAGCGAGAGAUUGAAGCAGUCGGAGUGCCCGUACUGUCGGAGGUUGUUCUGGGCCCAGUGCAAGGUCGCAUGGCAUUACGGGACGAGCUGCGGGGAGUUUCGGAAGUUCGAAGAGGGAAUAGAGAGGGAGAGGGAGGAAGAUCUCCUGCUGCUGAAGGUCGCGAAGGACAAGAACUGGAAGAGGUGCCCUAGUUGCAAGUAUUUUGUGGAGAAGACAGGAGGGUGCUUGCACAUUACAUGCAGGUACUAG